CAGAAGGAGCAGGUUGGAGGCCAUGGCGGCGCCCGGCGUGCUGCUGGUGAUGGGCGUGAGCGGCUCGGGGAAUGUAUAGGUCUGUGCCCGGGAUCCGAACCCGCCAACCCCAGGCCGCUGAAGUGGAGUGUGCAAAUUCAACCACUAUGCCACCCGGCCAGCCCCAGUUCCGGUGUUUUAAUACCGUGGAGCAGCCAUCUGUUCCCCAGGGCAUCGGUGGAUGGAAGGAGGCCAGCUGGCUGGGGAAGGGCAGUCGUUUGAACAUCCGUGUCCUCUCCACAGAUCGACCGUGGGCGCCCUGCUGGCAUCCCAGCUAGGAUGGAAAUUCUACGAUGCAGAUGACUAUCACUCAGAGGAAAAUCGAAUGAAGAUGGCAAAAGGGAUACCGCUGAAUGACCAGGACAGGAUUCCAUGGCUCUGCAGCUUGCAUGACAUUUUAGUAAGAGAGGUAGCCUCAGGACAGCAGGUGGUUCUAGCUUGUUCUGCUCUGAAGAAAAUGUACAGAGACAUCUUAAUACGAGGAAAAGAAGGUGCCCCUCUGAAGCGUGACGAGUCAGGGAAAGAAGAAAAGCCGGCUGAGCUGCAGCUCCUUGUGGUCCACCUGAGCGGGUCAUUUGAGGUCAUCUCUGGACGCUUACUCAAAAGAAAAGGACAUUUUAUGCCCCCUGAGUUACUGCAGUCCCAGUUUGAUACUCUGGAGCCCCCAUCAGCUCCAGAAAAUUUCAUCCAAGUCAGUGUAGAGAAAAAUCUUGCAGAGAUAAUUGCUACAAUUAUGGAAACUCUAAAAUGAAAUGAGAAUCCUUUCCUAUCAGUGGUCCAGAACAGAAUUAAGCAUAAAUCUCUAUCCCAUGCCAAACCAUGUUCCUGUAUCCUUGUAGAUACUGUAUUCUAAAUUCUUCUUAAGGUGAACAAACCGCAAUGUGUUGAAAUAUGCGUGUUUGGGUGUGUUUUUAGGAAUCUGCGAUACUGUUGUCAUCGUGCUCUGGCACAUUCAGAGGAGAGGGAACUGUGAAAGUAGAGCUUCAACUGAAGUUUAAAUUCAUGUGACCCAAGCAGAUGAUCAGAGGCAAUCCCAUAAUUGAUGCUGUAAAUCACCACCUUACUUAGAACAUCUUGAUCAUGCCUAUAUUUGGACAAAUAAAUGAAACUUGGCUAUCCUUGGCAUCCCUUAGAAAGUGGUCUCAGGAGCAGAAAUGUGUGCAGAAUCGACCACUCAGCAACAAGUCAUGUCACACCACAUGCCUCCCAAUACUCUCCUUGGUCAUUUCAAGAUAAAUAAAUAAAAAGCACAUAUAGUU